AUGCUGCUCGCUUCUCUCUUCACCUCUGCCCUCGCCGUUCUCGGCUCCGUCUCCGCUGCCCCUCUCGAAGUCGGCGCCGACGUCCAGCUCGGAGCCGAGUCCGUCGACACCACUGUGGACCUCGGUCUCGUCCCCCGUGCCGAAUCUGAGGAGCUCAAGGCGUUUGUUGCCAACAUCAAGGACGACUUCAACGAGUCGGACGAGACGUACAUCUCCAGGAUCAUGGACGCCUGCACCAAGCAGUGGCCCGACCACAACGUCUUCGAGACGACUGCCGUCCACCACUACCUCUUCUGGCACGAGGAGUACUUCCAGGUCGUUGUUUUCAAGUGCGGAGGCUUCGUGGAGAAGAACUCCGGUGACGGUGGGAACGGCAACUGGCAGGCGCCGUUCGCCACCCAUGCGACUCUUGCUCAAUCCCUCGAGUCCGCGCAUGCUCUUAGCAGCACUCACAAGGUUGUCAAUAGGCGCUCGUCGGCCAACAUCUUUAAGUCCAAAACAUCAAAAACAUCAAGCAAUCAAGACGACCGAACUUUGUUAGGACCUGCAGACAGUGACCACCAGUGCUUAUCGUCACGCGCUAAUCCCGACGAUCAGGCCCACACAGCGCGUGCAGCCAUCCGUCGUGUUCAGCUAGCCAGAGCGCAGACUUCUUGCUUACGACCCGAGCGAAGCGAACAGAAGCAAAUGGUUACCUGGGAAGAUGGCGCAUGA